AUGCCGCAAACCGAGAAGGAAAGGAGACCUUCUCGUUCCGGCAACCGCAUCACCAACUUCUUCACCUCUCCCAAGGGCCUCAAGGACAAGGACCACCAGACUGCCCAGCAAGCCCUUUUGGCCAUGCAGCAGCAAAACAUCUCGUCCACCCAAAUCACUCCCUCGACAAUCUCUCUGCCGACGAUUUCCCUCUCCACCGCUACCGCCGGCGAACCCGACACCACCGAGCCCCCGACGACUCUCUUCUCACCUCCAUCUGCGGUCGAGACGGAAAAGAAGCGACGCUUCGAUGCUCAAUUCGGUCCUCUCCUGCAUCCUACCCACCGCUACGUGAGCAAGUCCAACGAUGGCAAGCCCCUCGACCCUCCCAUCAUUGACGAGCCGCCCUACUACUACAUCCUCACCACCUACAUCAGCUACCUGCUGCUCAUUCUCUUCGGCCAUGCCCGCGACUUCUUCGGCAAGCGAUUUGGCGACAAGAAGCACUACCAGGCUCUCAAGCCCCAAAAUGGCUAUGCGCCCUUGAACGAGGAUUUUGACAACUUCUACGUCCGCCGCCUCAAGAUGCGCAUUGACGACUGCUUCGCCCGACCCAUCACCGGCGUUCCCGGCCGGUACAUUACGCUGAUGGAUCGUGAGUCCAGCGACUACAACCGAACCUACAACUACACCGGAACCCACACCGAGACCCUGAAUAUGAGCUCCUACAACUACCUUGGUUUCGCCCAAUCCGAAGGCCCUUGCGCCGACGCCGUCGAGGAAUGUGUCAAGAAGUACGCCCUCAGCACCUGCAGUCCUCGUGCUGAUGUCGGUACUUCCGACUUGGCUCUCGAGGUCGAAAAGGAAAUCGCCAGCUUCGUCGGCAAGCCCGCCUCCAUGGUCUUCUCCAUGGGCUUCGUCACCAACGCCAGCUCUUUCCCUGCUCUCGUCUCCAAGGGUUGCCUCAUUCUCUCCGAUGAACUGAACCACGCCUCCAUCAGAGUUGGUGCUCGUCUUUCCGGCGCUGUCAUUUCCUCCUUCAAGCACAACGACAUGAUUGAUCUCGAGCGCAAGCUUCGCGAGGCCAUUUCUCAAGGACAACCCCGCACUCACCGCCCCUGGAAGAAGAUUUUGGUCGCCGUCGAGGGUCUGUACUCCAUGGAGGGAACCAUGUGCGAUUUGCCCGGUAUCAUGGCUUUGAAGGACAAGUACAAGUUCUACCUCUUCAUCGACGAGGCCCACAGCAUUGGCGCCAUUGGCCCCCGCGGUCGCGGUGUGUGUGACUACUUCGGCAUCGACCCCAACCGUGUCGAUGUUCUCAUGGGUACUCUGACCAAGUCUUUCGGUGCUAACGGCGGUUAUGUCGCUGCUGAGAAGUCCAUUAUCGACAAGUUGAGGAGCAGCAACGCCGCUACCAUUUACGGCGAAUCCCCCGCUCCUUCCGUCCUGAUGCAGAUUCUGGCUUCCCUCCGACUCAUCACCGGCGAGCUCUGCCCCGGCCAGGGUGCGGAACGUCUUGAGCGCAUUGCCUUCAACUCCCGCUACCUCCGCCUUGGUCUCAAGCGUCUUGGUUUCAUUGUCUACGGUCACGACGAUUCUCCCAUCAUCCCCGUCAUGCUUUACAACCCCGGAAAGAUGCCCGCCUUCAGCCACGCGAUGCUUAAGCGCAAGAUCUCUGUCGUUAUUGUCGGCUAUCCCGCUACCCCGCUCAUCAGCUCUCGCGCUCGUUUCUGUGUCUCGUCGGCUCACAACAAGGAGGAUCUGGACAGACUUCUCCAGGCUUGCGACGAAAUUGCCGACCAGCUUCAGAUCAGAUUCUCCACUGGUGUUGCCGGUGGCGCCGAGCCUCUCCCCGAGGGUGUUACCCCUGAGACGGAGCAGGAGUGGCGCAAGGCCAACGGACUGGAGGGUGUCUACAAGCCUCCCCGCUGGAAGCUCGAGGAUGUCAUUGCCCGUGGUGUCCAAGACUGCAAGACCCGCCUGCGGUAA